GUACGAGAGGCACUUGAAGGCAGCACAGACUAGGAGAAUGUGUGGAGGAACCUGUGUGUUCAUUCAGACUGAUCUGUGAGCCAUGGAGGGUGGAGGUCUGUCAGAUGAAGCUGCAUCUGCCGCCUGCAAAGAAGGAGACCCCAUCACCAAGGACUACAUGAUGCAGCAGACGAUGCUGAGGGUCAAAGAUCCGGAACGAUCUCUGGACUUCUACACUCGAAUCCUGGGCAUGACGUUGCUGCAGAAAAUCGACUUCCCCUCGAUGCGUUUCACCCUCUAUUUCCUGGGUUACGAGGACAAGCUGGACAUCCCAGCUGACAUCAAAGAGAGGACGGCGUGGACGUUCUCUCGCCGAGCCACCAUAGAGCUCACACAUAACUGGGGCUCAGAGUUAGAUGAUAAUCUGUCGUAUCACAACGGGAACAGCGACCCGCGAGGAUUUGGUCAUGUUGGCAUCGCUGUUCCUGAUGUUUACGCUGCCUGCAAAUUGUUUGAGGAGCAUGGAGUGCCAUUCAUCAAGAAAGAAGACUCAGGGAAGAUGAGGGGUCUGGCCUUCAUUCAGGACCCUGACGGCUACUGGAUUGAGAUUUUAAGCCCAAACAACAUGGUGUCAUUAAUGUCACCUUAGAGAAGAGACACACCUGGAAACACUCAGGGCAUCAUGGUUGGAUAAGACAGACUUUUUUUUACAUGUCAAACAUCCUCGUUGAUUCUGGUUUCAGUCCUGCUCCCAUUGUUUUGUGAUCUUGUUGUGUUGCUAAGUGAAGAUCUGUUUACUUCUUUUCUAAAUAACUAAAUCAAAAAAGAAAGUAAGAAAUUUGUUGUCUCUUCUUUGGAUGUGUUGAGCGUCUGUCUCAGUGUUGUAUCAUCAGAUAUCAUCAGCCCAAGGUGAAGAGAUAAAUCUCACGGUGUUAACUCUUCAUUUGCUCUGCAGAGAAAAGAGAAACGCUGCAUCCCAGUUCCAGACAUGAAUCAUUCUCAGAGAAGUCAGUGUAAUAAAUAAAUAAAAUGACCAUAUGUUUGUCUUUUCUUAUAAAUUUAAUCAACAGUCAGGACUUUCCAUCAUUUCCUGUCAGAAUAAACUGUUAGAUGUGAUGAUUUCUUGGAUCCUAACAGUAAAAUCCAUGAAUGGCUGCUACAAAGAUUAAAAUAAACUCUGACUGUUGUCAGUGAGCAGCAGCAGCGAUAACAGAAU